UUUAUUUAUUUUUUAGUUUUAAUAGAUUUUGCUUGAAUUUAUGUCGUUAUUUGUCGUGUCACCGCGAAAUCGCGAGAAAAGACGAAUAUUUAUAUUCGCUCUGAGGCUAGUCCAGUGCAUGAAGGUGUUGCGGUGUACAUAACCAUGAUAGUUGAUCAUGCAAAUCUUGUUUGAAAAACAGUGGAUGGAGGAACGAGACCCGAGGAAUCGUUUUCUGACAACCAGCUAGUUGAAGAAAUUUUCAUCCGUUUUAUCUUCUGGAAACGGCCAUGAAAUCAUCAAACGCAUUUUAUGCUGUCAAUGAAGCAGAAGGAAUGAAAAAGUGACAAAAUACUGUGCAUUGAUGUAAAUAUACCUGAACUUGAGAGUAUAUUAUGCUCAAAAGACGCAGAAGGUUUGAUACUUUACGUCUGUGGAAAAAUUUGAAGCAGGGAGGAGAGUGGUGUGAAGGUUGCUGUGAAAAUUGGGAUUCCGAAACGUUUUUUGGAUAUUCCAUUGUUGAAUUUGGUCAUCCUUUUUGAAGAUAAAUUCACGUCAACCCUUUGUUCGCUGUGGGAGUAGACUUACAACUGCUCCAUGCAUGAUGAUGAUGCCUGUCCUGUACUCGCCCAUGAACAAUUCGAAAUGAGAGAAAUAGCGCUAUGUACCACGAGCAGCAGUGUCAUCAAUUAUGUCAUCAUUGCACCUGUUAUGGGCUCCAGCGUUUUACAAGCCUGGUUUGGCGGCUCUGGCCGAGGCUACCUUCCUCUGAAUCGAACGAAAGAUCAUUGUUUCAGUAUGCUUUCCAAGUUCUUUCGGGUCGGCAAGGAGUUCGCCAAACGACGGCCGUUGGUUGUAAAUUGUUUGGUGUAUGGCACACUGUACUGUGGUGCUGAGUGUUCACAACAGACUCUACGACGAACUGUGUUCCUGAAGGAAGGUGAGCUGAAGCCCGAUUAUGACUAUGCUUCUUUGGGCCGCUACGCAUUAAUUGGAUCAGCCGUUUUUCCGAUUAUACUCUAUUACUGGUAUAAAUGGCUUGAUGCUAGGUAUCCGAUCAACGCUGGCAUCACGCUUGUGAAGAAAGUAUUUCUGGAUCAAGCAUUGUGUACUCCCUUCAAUAUCUGCAAUUUUUACAUCAUUAUGAGCUUGCUGGAGGGCAAGGAUGAUCCACUCGCAGAAGUCAGGGCCAAACUUUGGCCAACCUACUUGACCAGCUGCGUGUAUUGGAUCCCCAUGACUUCGAUUAACUUUUUGCUGAUGCCCCCGUCCGCGAGAGUUGUUUAUGUGGCGUGGUUCAGGAUGAAAAGAUGGCGUUACUUGAAACUGGCGGCGAGUGUUGGCAUCCCAGGGUGUCUUUACGUUCUGUACAAGAACGAUUGGGACAUCGCGAUGACGGGAAUCUCAAGAUUCGGACGUGCUGGAAUCGUUGUGGCUAGCAUAGCGAUGGAUUAUCGACGGAAUUUGUAUACUGGCCAGCUUGAUGCGAACUCUGAAGACUAUGCCAAUCUUCGUUCUGAGAUUCACAAACGCUCUGCUCAAAAACUGUUUGAAUUGUGCUGUCGGAACGGGGGAGCUUUCAUCAAAUGUGGUCAGCAUAUCGGAGCCCUUGAUUACCUUCUUCCAGAGGAGUAUGUGUCCAGAAUGAAGACUCUGCAUUCUGAUGCGCCGAAAUCAAAACUUAAAAAUUUGCUGCAAGUGGUCCGGGAGGAUUUGCAAACGGAGCCAGAGAAUGUGUUCAGUGAAAUAUCUGAAGAACCAUUGGGAGCCGCAAGUCUGGCCCAGGUUCAUAAAGCCGUCCUCAAGGAAUCUGGUGAAACGGUUGCUGUGAAGAUUCAGCACCCGCAUGUGAAAGACAGAAGUAUUGUUGACAUGAGGACAAUGGAAGUUUUGCUGUGGAUGGUCGACAAAUACUUUUAUCCAGACUUUCAGUUCUCCUGGUUGGCUGAAUCUGCGCGAGAAAAUUUACCCAAAGAACUGGAUUUCACUCAUGAAGCUAGGAACAUGUCGAAAGUCAGGAAAAUGUUCUCACAUCUCAAAUGGCUUCGCGUACCGAAAGUCAGAUGGCAAUGGACGACGCCACGCGUUUUAGUCAUGGAUUUUUGUCCAGGGGAAUCUGUGACUGACUUGGAGAAUUUGAACAAGCAUCAAAUCCCUCCGGCAUUAGUUACUGAGCGAUUAGGGGAACUUUAUUCAGCAAUGAUUUUUGAGGAAGGCUUCGUUCAUUGCGAUCCGCACCCGGGAAAUCUGCUCGUAUCCCCGAACCCGAAGAAUCCGAACGAUCCCAUCAUCACGCUGUUGGAUCACGGUUUGUAUCAGACGUUGAGAUCGCGAUUCAGAUUAUCAUACUGUCAUUUGUGGAUGUCCGUACUGGACCGCGAUAUUCCCGGCAUAAAGAAGCACUCGAAGGAAUUACAAGUGGGCGAUUUGGCGGAGCUCUUCGCUUGUAUGGUUACGGGUCGAUCGUGGGCUUCCAUCACUUCAGGGAUUGAUAAAGCCGGGAAAUCGAAAGCCGAAGAAAAUGAGAUAAGAGCCGACGCUGGGAAAUAUCUCCCGCAAAUUUCCGCUGUGAGUUUUGCAAAUCAUGAAUUACGAUAUUGUGCAUCGUGUUGUUUUUAUUCACUGUUUUACGAUACAUUUCUGAAGCCCAUCGAUUUGCAGUCCCGCGUCAUCUUAAUUGUUGUGUAA